AGCAAAUGAAAUCAAAAGUCCGCUGCGCCAAAUUAUCUUUCAUCUCGAUCCUCCUCGAUGGAUGCGGUUUCGCCAAGCGAGCUCUCUGCCCUUCGCUCUGCUCUCCUCAACACGAGCGGCACUGUGCCCUUGCACGAUCGUUUCAGAGCUCUCUUCACGUUGAAAAGUUUCAAGAAUGAUGAAGCAGUCAAUAUCAUAUCUGAAGGCUUCGCCGAUCACUCAGCACUGCUCAAGCAUGAGCUUGCAUACUGCUUAGGACAGAUGAAGCUCAUCUCAGCUCUCCCAGUCCUUCAAUCAGUGCUGGAGAAUCUGGACGAGGAUCCAAUGGUCCGGCAUGAGGCAGCAGAAGCAAUAGGCGCAAUCUCAUCGCCUGAUUUCAAAGCAGUCCUUACAAAGUACCUCACGGAUCCCAACAGGAGCGUGCGUGAGACGUGCGAGAUCGCGCUCGCUAAAAUCGAAUGGGACAAUUCUGAAGAGGGACGCCAACAUCUUGCGUCAAAAGAAUCAUCAGAUCAGACACCUGUAUACACCUCCAUCGACCCUGCUCCACCCUGCUCCAAACUUUUCUCUGGUCAGCCCAAACCUGACGACCUGUCUGAAUCUUCAAUCACCUCUCUCCGUACCACGCUUUUGGACAUUUCCGUCCCCCUCUUCCAGCGCUAUCGUGCUAUGUUUGCACUCCGCAACAUCGGGACGCCAGCAGCCGUGGAUGCACUAGCAGCAGGAUUCUCUGAUGACAGUGCCCUGUUCAAGCACGAAAUCGCCUUUGUUUUCGGCCAACUCCUGAGCGCACACUCUGUACCUUCAUUGCUUAAUGUUCUACAGGACGGAUCCGAGUCCGAUAUGGUGCGACACGAGGCUGCGGAGGCGCUUGGAGGAAUUGCCACACCUGAAGUACUGCCCCAUCUUAAAGAAUGGAUGACGCGCGAGGAUUCUCCGCGCGUUGUGCGGGAGAGCUGUCAGGUUGCUAUCGACAUGUGGGAGUAUGAGAAUUCGGGGCAAUUCCAGUAUGCAAAUGGACUGGAGAGCGUUAGGGUAGAGGCUACCCCUGCCUGAUAUGUGUGGUCGUCGUUAAUCAAUAAUCAACUUCAAAUUUGGGUCAAAUGCGGGAGUUCCUCGGCAAGCCCCUAUUUUCUUUGACGGUCCAACCAGGACCCACUAUGAAACCCAGCAUAGUUCCUUGCAAGUUCCUUUGCAUUGUGGAUGCCAAUACGGCUAAAUGAUAUCUCAAUUCGGAAGCACUGCAAGGCACCUAUGGAGAGGGUCGUAGGUAGUGCUGUGGGCCGAACUAUUUGCGGGCAGUUCUGCCGGCAGAACACGGCAGAACUAGGGUUGUGCCAUGGCAAAACCAGGCAAAACUCAGAAGAGGUAAAUUAUCCAUCGACUACAAAAAACCAUAUGUUGGUCGACAUUAAUGACGCGACAUCCCAAACACCCUCCUCAAGGCCUCUCCUCUCGCACCAUGGUGAUAAAUCACUGAGAGCUCAUCAU